GAAGCACAUCACUAUUUGCCCAAUCAAUGGCGUCACCGUCAAUGACCCAACCCGCAACGUACAGUUUUGUAGUUUUCAACAUAUUUAUAUCGAGAGACAACUAAAUUUUUUGAUUUGAUAUUGUUACAUCUUCAUACGACUUGUGCGGGUUGCUAUGGUCUGAGCAUAACUCGAGCUUGUGUAAAGUUGUCACCGCAGACAUCUGUUGAGAAGUUACCAAACAUUCACCGAUAUGCAGACGAUCAAGUGCGUGGUGGUGGGCGAUGGAGCCGUGGGUAAAACCUGCCUGCUCAUCAGCUAUACGACCAACAAGUUCCCAUCGGAAUAUGUGCCCACUGUCUUCGAUAACUAUGCAGUUACUGUCAUGAUUGGAGGAGAGCCUUACACAUUGGGUCUCUUUGAUACUGCAGGUCAGGAGGACUACGACAGGUUGCGACCGCUAAGUUAUCCACAGACGGAUGUUUUCCUCGUCUGCUUCAGUGUAGUGAGCCCCAGUUCGUUUGAAAAUGUCAAGGAAAAAUGGGUGCCAGAAAUAACUCAUCAUCAACAGAAGACGCCGUUCCUCCUCGUGGGCACUCAGAUAGAUCUACGAGACGACGCAGCCACCAUGGAAAAGUUGGCCAAGAUUAAACAGAAGCCAGUUUCUCUGGAACAGGGGGAGAAACUAGCUAAGGAACUCAAGGCUGUCAAAUACGUCGAGUGCUCAGCGCUUACGCAGAAAGGACUUAAGAACGUAUUCGACGAGGCCAUACUAGCAGCGCUGGAGCCGCCAGAGCCCGCCAGGAAAAAGAAAUGUGUUCUGCUGUAAAGAGUCGGGGCUCCGAGUCGAACCGCCCCACCACGUGCAUGCGUAACACGCGACUGCCCUCAUCACUCGUACAUUUUAGUAUUUUACCAUAUAAUAUUAUUCAUACGAAACGUUUUCGAACAAUUAACUUUUAUUUACAAUGACUAUUAAAUAUUUCCGGAAUGUAUUCAAAUAUAAUAGAAUCAUAAAUUACGUGUACGCUACUUUUAAUAAAAUAUCGAUUUAUAAACAUUCAAUAAAAUGUAUUUUAAAAAAAUUUAUAUACUUUUCAACAUAAGUUGGGCUGAAUUUUCAAUGGAAUGUCUGUAUUUUACAAAAUUUUGUUUUAAGAUAAAAAGUGACAGGUACAUUUGUUUAGGCGUAGUACAUACACAGUGUGUACUAUUUGCGUUUUAAAUAAUAAAGAAAGAAAUAAAAGAUAAGUCUGAAUCGGUUUACAACUACCAGGACUCGUUGUUCGCGAAAUAAUUACGUGACAUUAAUAUAUUCGUAGGCGUUUUACUUAAGUAAAACGUCAGACAUUCAUUUGGUACCUAUUUACCACUAAAUACAGUUUUAAUGAAUAAACUGCUACUACUAAACCUGUACUAUGCAUGGUGAAACAAUUUUGGAGGUUGCACAUAGUUUACGAGCCAAAGCAAGCCUUGCGAAUGCUUUUUGUCAAAUCCAAUAAAAUUAUUAUCACAAUAAAUUAUUUGUCCUUAGAUAUUUUAUGGAAUAUAAUGGAUUAUGUGUAACUAACGGCUGUUAUGGCUCUGUAGAUUCCCUAUUUGUAAGGGGUGUAAUCAUCCGUCGAUAAUCACGUAGGUUAAUAAAUUUUUCCAAUUCUAGCGUUUGAUUACGCGGAUUAGAAAGUAUUUUUUUUAUCUAAAUUACCAUUAUAUAGUUUGACUGAUAUAAACAAAUUGUAUGCUGACAAUCACUUUGUAUUUAUAGAAUAAACAAUGAUGUUGAUCGGAUAACGAAAUUGUUUGCGCUAGUGUGAGCUAGCAUAAUGAAGCGACUUCAUGCACAAUAUUUGCUAUGCACAGUGCGUCUAUGUAUUUUUAUAAGUAUUACUUGGUAACAUACUAACUUUUAUUAAAAAACAUUAUAUUUUAAUGAAUACAACGCCUGUCUGUAUAGACGGCCGUCCACGUUUGUGUUUUAUAUUAUUUCGAUGUGUUCUACAUAGUUUUAAAAAUAAGUUUGAUAUAAAACACUUAAGAUUUACUAAACACCAAACUACUGUAAUUAGCAUUAUAUUCUAAAAACAGGCAAAUAUUAAUCGCUAAGUGAUUCAAACUAUAAAUUAAAUUUUGUGACGCUAUACAGAGUAAAUUUAUUAUUAUUGAACAAUAAUGUCUAUCAUGCAAUAUGAGUUUGGACUGAUAAUUACAUAAAUUCAUCAUUCCAUGAAAUAAAAGUUGCAUUUACCGGACACUAAAUUUGGGUUACCUGUACGUAAAUAACGAGGAAUCAAUGAGUUUGCGCCUAAUAUAUUAAAUAUAUCUUGUGGCAUAAGACGGUGCGUAUUGUUUAUAACGUAGCUUCAGUUAGCCAGUACUUGCGUAUCGUGCGAUCGCCGCUUCCUAAGAGAUCGCUUGGUACACAAUAGAAAUACGUCAUAUUACUGAAAAUAGCAAACAAUUCACUUCUCUCUGUCACUGUACAAACUCAGUACAUUGUGAAGCUCGCUUGAUACUAAUGAUUCAUUAUAUAAAGGGUGCAAUUAAUGAUUAUUAUAAUUAAAUAUAAUACAAUUACUGACUGGGGGCUAAUUAUGUCAACUAUAGCAAAUAUACAUGUACUCGAAAUUAUGACUACAUUUUUAUGUAUAUAUAAGCUACUGUAUACUUUUUUACGCAUGGAAAAGGUAACAAGUUUUCUGAAUUAAUAUUUAUUUAGUGUUCCAUGUAAUUUACAUGGACAAUGAUUAUUUUGUAUGUUUAUGCAUUAUCAGUGCAGUUAUAUGUUCUUUGUGUCAAGAAGUAGUUAUAGGUGUAUAUGGAAUAAAUAUAUAAUGAGAUUAAACUAAAA